AUGUAUCACUUGGUGAAGGGGCUCUAUCAGUACGCCACAAGCAAAGAAGAAUACUCGGUUCUCCUCCUCGGCCUCGACAACGCGGGCAAGACUACUUUUCAUGAACAGGUCAAGUCUCUCUUUAUUGCUGAUGCACCGGCGCCGAAACUGCAUACGGUACCGACGGUUGGGCAGAAUGUUAGCACCGUCACCUUGCCAGAUAUGUACCUCAAGAUCUGGGACGUCGGUGGCCAACUGACGCUUCGAAAACUCUGGCAAUCCUACUACCGCUCAUGCCACGCCAUUAUUUUCUUAAUCGAUAGCACCGACAUUGGGGAUGGGCAUCUAGAUCAUGACGCUUCGGGGAGGCUGGAUGAAUGUCGACUGGUCUUGGAAGAUGUGCUGGGUCAUGGGGAAACGGAAGGCGUGCCGCUGCUCGUGCUAGCUAACAAACAGGAUCGUGAAGACUGCGUCGAGGUGGUGCGUAUUAAAGAAGGGUUCAUUAAAGGCGUCUUUGAGGGGGGUCGGGGUGGAGCGAUUCGAGACUCGCGCGUGCUACCCGUCAGCGCCCUCACUGGCACUGGUGUUCGAGAAGCCGUCGAAUGGGUCCGAAGUCGGGUCAAGUGGAAUAAGGAGGGGCGACCGCCGGUAAUGCGGUGA